GAUGGCGUACACCGGGGCGGCGGACCGCUGUUACCGUAGUGCACGGAGAGGCAGUGUGUGAAAAGCCCUGUGUGUGUGACAGGACAGGACACAUGUCAGCCGUGUCUCCCGCGGACAGUGGAGUGUUGUGCGUCGGUGUUGGAGUCGGAGGUUUGGUGUUUGGAGCAGGGAGCGCUUACAGAGUCGGAGCUCCAGCCCCGGGGUGUGUUAGCCUCAGCAGUAUUCUGACAGGCCGGGUCAGAGGAGCUCCUGACGCGGACAGCAGCGCAGCUCUUAGCCUGACUUCAUCACAUCCUGCUGGUGUUUCUCUCAUCACUGCACAAACUGUCUCCUCCUCAAAGCGCUGUUUUAAUCAGCCGGCUCCAUCUGCUCCCCUGCACCUUGUUUUAAACUAAACAUGUAUAUGCCGUUAAAGUUUAGUGUUAAGUCAGCCCGUGUACCAUGCUGGCACUGCCCUCCCGCCUCGGCCUCUUAACCCGUGGGAUAUUUUCCUUGCCUGCACAGCCUUCCCACCUCCUGGCUCCAGGUGCUCUCACCAGCAUGUACGCCACGCGCCUGUACAGCGGUGGAGGGAGCAAGCCCGCUCGUCGCAUAGGCCUGAUAGGGGGAGGGCAAACCAUGCUGGAGAAUCAUCACCACCACCCCCUCGCCCCUCAUCACCCUCACAUCCCGCCUCCUCAGACUUUCCCUCCUCCGCUCUACCAGGGCCGCGUGGAUGCCCAUCGAACCUACUACCAGCCCCAUCAACACUAUAACACACACCCGCAGGUGCCUCAUCUCCCUCCUCCACACUACCAACCCCAUGCCCACAUGCACCACAGCAAAAAGAAGACCUGGAACUUCAUUCAUGAGAAGAUGAGCUAUGACACCUUCUUUACCAUGAAGCGACUGAUCGAUCGCUCGCGCAGUGUGGACGAGGUGCUCCGCUGGGUGACCCAGAAUCCAGGGAAGAUCUCGCACAACCACUACCCUAUCGCCUUACAGAAAAUCGGCCAGCUCCUGGCACUCCAGCAGGCUGGAGCGAUUGGAAGUGGAACAGGAAGCCUGGGGGUCAGCGGGGUGAGCGCAGAGGGAGCGCUGUCUUCACCUACUGCUGUAGGCACAGCUGAUGGUGCAACUCGAAAGAUUCUGGAUCACCCAGACUUCCAGACCCUCUGUGACGCCAUCGUUAACGACUGCUCCAAGUUUGACAACUUCAGCAUCGUCAACUGCCUUUAUGCCGUGGCUGCACUCGGGCUGCCCAGUGAUUCUCGGAUAGUGCAGGUGCUGGAGGAGGAGUCGCAGGGCCGUCUGUCGCAGUUCAACCAGAAGGACAUCUCUAUGGUUUUCAGCAGCUGCAUGAAGCUGCACCCGUCCAGCCAGCACUCUCUCAUUGAGUCAUGUCUAGCAGGCUUGGAGAAGAACAUUGAGCGUGAGCGUCACCCACAGACGUUGUUCCUACUGCUCUCUUAUUACCGCACCAAGUGGCGUGCGCUGCAGGCGGCCGACACUGCCUCGGCGGAACAGCUUGUGGUCGACCGCAAGAUCCUGCGUCUGGUUAAACACACGCUGGUCAGUGUCAGCUGCGUACGCGACCACGAGAUGACCUUACUAGAUGAGAUGCUGGCGGCGUGCGCCCGGGAGGCUAGCAACAAGAGCCUUGAGCUCAUCUUCAGCUCUCACCUCUUCUACCAGAACAGGCAGGAGAAGUUUGUGAGCAGCCUAGCUGAGGAGCUCCUGAAAAAGGUCGACAGUAUCACCCCUUACACCAUGGCUCUCAUUGCCAAGUAUAUCGCCCGCCAUCGUCUCAGAGAGACAAAGCUACUGGACACUAUUGCAGAAUUCCUCGUCAAGAAGGGCGAGUACUUAGACAGCAAGGUGAUCCAGAAGCUUGUGUUUCCGUUCAGUCGUAUGAGUUAUCGGCCAGUGAACGAGACUCAGUUCUUCUCUAAGCUGGAAAUGGUGUUGGAGCUGAAGGCUCUGAGCUCCCCGCUGGCUACAGUCAACAUUCUCAUGUCCCUGUUCCAGCUGGGACACUUUCCCAGCCUGGUGCUGCACCGGGUCUUCUCACCAUCCUUUAUCAGCAACGUCACCAACAGUCCGUAUGCUCUGAUUGUACGCCGAUAUUUGUCCCUGCUGGACGCUGCGGUGGAACUCGAGCACAGAGAGUACACAGGGCCUCGUCUGCAGGACUCGCACAAAGUGCUCAUGUUUGAUCACGCACUCACUGCUGACGAGGUCAACCGCAAGUACAGUUAUAAAGGUCUUGUUGCCGAAGCCCUCAGGCAGUUGGUUGGAGAGCAUGGUUACAAGCAAGAUGAAGUUCUACCUCCGGGAUAUUACACAGAUUUUUUGCUGUGGAUAGACCAUGCUGGCCGUGUUCUUCCCAUUAGAGCAGGCUCAGCAGCAGUCCCUUUAACUGCAGACCCUUCUAUGUGCACAGUUGUGAACCCCAAAUCCCCAGACAGUUCCAACUCGGUUGCUGGUCUCACCUCUGACUUCCAGAAGUUCUCUCCUUUCUCACCGCCUCUAGAAGAGAGCAUCGACAAACAGGCCGAAAAUGAUUCCACCUUCCUGCCUCCCCACAUGCAGAGAGCAGGCACCAAUGGAGCAGUGCCACUGGACUACAACACCUAUUACCAAGCUGCAGAUUACUACAACAGCCUGGCCAAAGAACACUCUCUGGAGAGCCAGGACAGCUCGACGUUGAGCAGUCCAUCUGAAUGUCUCGCUCAAGCUGGGUCAGCUGUCCCUGGGGCCACUGCACCACAGGACUCCCUCUUCCAGUUCUCUAUUGGAAAGAUCCUGGAGGAUGAGGCUGGUGCAUCCAUCCAAGUAGGGGCCAAUUCAGGACCAGACUGCAGUAUCACACCUUUCUAUGAAGGAGUGACGUAUGAGGCAGGAGAUAGCAAUGCAGUGACUGCUGCUCCACUCCAGCUGCAUUCUGCAAAGCCCUCAGAGUUGGACAGGACAGCCGGCGAGCACAUUAAAAGGGUGAUAAUGUCGGUAAACGAUAAAUGGCACUACUGCCACAACUCUGACGUGCUUGUGGGUUCCCGGGCCAUGAGAGACCGCCACCUGCAGCUGCUAGGCUACGUUAUACUCCAGUUGCCCUAUCUGGAGUUGGAGAAGCUGAAUGGAAUCGAGGAAGUGAAGCAGUACCUGCACAAAAAGCUCCUGGAGGUUCCUUUAUGACGAUGGAAAAGCAGAGGCGUUUGUGUGUGUGUGCGUGCGUGUCUGUGUGUGUGAGAGAGAGAGGGAGUGUGUAUUAAGGUAUGGGUGAGCAUGUCUGCAAGCAUGUGCAACGUUCUGUUUAAAUAGGCAUUGGUGUUUUGAGGAAAAAGGAUUUGUGUGUGUGUGUGCGUGCGUGCGUGCGUGC